GGGACACACCAAACUGUUCCUCUGUAGCUGUCUAAAUGUUUGAGUAUUUUCUAUAUCACAAAGCUCAGAAAGGGUCAACGUGUGCUGCUUUGGGGUCGCCUUAGAUGUCUGAGGUGAGGCUUAAGGAAGGAUCAGCCUGUGAAUUUGAUAUCAGAAUUUACAUUUGUCUCGGCAUCGGAUAGCCUGUACGAAACAGACUCUUCGACAGCUCCUGAGGACUAAGUGGGCCGUCUUCAGCUCCUACAGCGACGUCAGGGGAAUCGGCAAGCUCUCGCACUGCUGGAGGAAGAGGUCAAACCUCACUCACACUACCUAGCAGUAUCACUGCUCUCCGCCACGAGUCAGCCCUUCCUCUUUCCCGCAAACAGAGUGAAUGAGUGACUGACAGAGAAGUAGAGUAACAAAGCUACUGUAAAAGUUUCUCACCCGAUCUUCUGUUUUCUGCUGGACAAUUUUAGGCUGUGCUAGUGUGCUAGACCCUCUCAGGAAUGUAGCCAAUGUCACGUCUUGGAUUAGUUUGGGCAUAUGCAACGGCAACAAACCAGUGAGAGAGGAGAGACAACUGUGGAAAGAUCCUUCAAUGCAGUGAGUCUUCAGUUACAACAGCUCGCUUUCUACUCCUUCCCUCUGGAGAGACUCAUUGAAUAUCACACUCCAGUUAGCCUUGUUGAGGCUUGCCUCAGACCUCAGUGGAGAAACUCUGCAACAUUCCUCAAUGGUUUUUUCCUGCAUCCUGAGGCACCGAGCAUUAAUCAGAUCUGUCCUCCAUCUGACUCUAUCAGUUUUGUUUUUGUGUCUGAGCUGGAAUCCUCCUGUGUUAUGGUUUGUUGCCGUCCACAACCUCAUGGAGUCAAUCCAGAACCAGCCGGUGGUUCAUGGGAGAAAAGUGACAGGCUAAGUUACAUAGUUCGAGAGUCUUCAUAAGAUGUGCAGGUUAUUGUCUUUACAGUCCUGAUUGUCUCGUGUGACUCAGCAGCUCAAGGGGACGAUGAGCAAAGACUUCCGAUUGACAAGGAAAGGUGUGCCGACUGGUUUCGGACACGGUCGGAGACACUCGUGCUUGGGUUUUGAUGUGGACAAUGGCCUGUCAGUGGGACGCAGUCCACUGGACUCUCAGACUAGCCCAGGUUCUGGUCUGGUACUUCAGGCCAACUUCCCCCACAGUCAGCGCCGCGAGUCUUUCCUCUACCGCUCCGACUCAGACUUCGACCUUUCGCCCAAAACCAUGUCCCGCAACUCAUCCACUGCCAGCGACCUGGAGGAGGGAUUGAAGCAUUGGGAAGUCAAUUGGCUGCCUCGGCAUGGAGAAGACAUGAUAGUGACUCCAUUUGCACAGGUUCUUGCUAGUCUGCGAACAGUGAGAAGUAACUUUGCUGUUCUGACACAUCUGCAAGAUCGUGUGGGAAGCAAGCGGCCGUCAAGCAGCAACCAGCCAUCCAUGUGUAAGCCAUGUCUCGCAGAGGAGCCUUACCAGAAGCUGGCGAUGGAGACACUCGAAGAGCUGGACUGGUGUUUGGACCAGCUGGAGACGCUGCAGACGAGACACUCUGUCAGCGAGAUGGCGUCCAAUAAGUUUAAGAGGAUGCUGAACCGCGAGCUGACGCAGCUAUCAGAGACAAGCCGCUCAGGGAAUCAGGUGUCGGAGUUCAUUGCUAGCACCUUCUUAGAGAAACAACAUGACGUGGAGAUCCUGUCUCCGCAUUCUAAGGAGAAGGAGAAGAAGAAGAGGCCGAUGUCACAGAUCAGCGGUGUGAAAAAGGCAACGCAGAGCCCCAGCUUAGCACCCACCUGCAUCCCUCGUUUCGGAGUCAGCACGCCGCACGAGAGUUUGCUGGCCAAGGAGAUCGAAGACAUUAAUCGUUGGGGUCUGGAUAUUUUCAAGAUUGCAGAAUUUUCUGGAAACCGCCCUCUGACGGUGGUCAUGUACUCCGUCUUCCAGGAGAGGGACCUUUUGAAAACCUUUAAGAUCCCAGUUGACACCUUCAUCACCUUCAUGAUGACCUUGGAGGACCACUACCAUGCUGACGUAGCUUAUCACAACAACAUCCAUGCAGCUGAUGUGGUGCAGUCCACCCACGUCCUCCUGUCCACCCCCGCUUUAGAGGCAGUGUUCACAGACCUGGAGAUCAUGGCUGCCCUGUUUGCUAGUGCCAUCCAUGACGUCGACCACCCAGGAGUCACCAACCAGUUCCUAAUAAACACCAGUUCGGAGUUGGCGCUGAUGUACAACGAUGCCUCGGUGCUGGAGAACCACCACCUCGCUGUGGGCUUCAAGCUGCUCCAAGAAGACAACUGUGACAUCUUCCAAAACCUCAGCAAGAAACUGAGAGAGUCCCUCCGCAAGAUGGUGAUCGACAUGGUGCUGGCCACAGAUAUGUCCAAACACAUGAACUUCUUGGCAGACAUGAAGACAAUGGUGGAAACCAAGAAGGUGACGAGUCUGGGAGUCCUGCUGCUCGACAACUAUUCUGACCGCAUACAGGUUCUGCAGAACAUGGUCCACUGUGCCGACCUGAGCAACCCAACCAAACCGCUGGAGCUGUACCGGCAGUGGACGGACCGCAUCAUGGUGGAGUUCUUCACCCAGGGAGACCGAGAGCGGGACAAGGGCAUGGAGAUCAGUCCCAUGUGUGACAAACACAACGCCUCCAUAGAGAAGAGCCAGGUGGGGUUCAUCGACUACAUUGUUCACCCUCUGUGGGAGACCUGGGCAGACUUGGUGCACCCUGAUGCCCAGGACAUCCUGGACACUCUGGAGGACAACAGGGAGUGGUACCAGAGCAUGAUCCCCCGCAGCCCGUCACCCUCCAGCCCCGAGGAGCACCAUGCCGAGGUUGGGCCAGGAGGAGGAGCUGUGGGAGCAGGAGGAUCUGUCCCUUCAGGAGGAGGAGGAGGGGGAGGAGGAGGUGGAGGGGACAAGUUCCAGUUUGAACUCACUCUGGAGGAGGAGGAGGAGGAUGAGGAGGAGGUGGAGUCUGAUCUGGAGAGCCCCUUAGAGGAUGAGUCCCAAUCAGGCGGGGAGCGGCACCGGGACUCCUCCUCCCCUUCUCUUUCUCCAGACCCCCGCAGCAGCGGCAGGUACCGCCCCCCCUCGCCUCACCCAUCUCGGACCCUGAGUCUGGCUGCCAUGUCGGUGCGGAGCCCCCAGCCGCACAGGACGCUGGCCUCCCCGGGACGGGAAUGCACCGACAGGGACAGAGAACUGAGCCAGGAGGGCGACGGGGUGGCCUGCCUGCGUAUGGGCACGUAACAACCAGCACAACCUGCCCCGCCCAAGACACACGAGCACUGGGUGUAGGGAGACGGAGGAAGGGCAGGCCUUUACUAAUAAAGUCUGUAAAAUCACCACAGUCCCUUUACACUGGAGACACCCUCUCUGGAGAACAGAGAGAUGUUCCCGCUGUGUUUUAUUUUAUUUUUCAGCAAAGAAGAAUCGUUUUAGCCUCUCUUUGGUUGCCUGAUAGGCCUUUGUGUCCCGUCCUGCUUUGUUGUAGCUUCAGUUCAGAUUGUCCCAGGCAAAGACUGCUGCAGUUUAACUGGGAAGAAGAUUGGAGCCAAGGCAAGAUACUCUAAUGAAUACAUAAGAUAAAGGAAAUGUCUUCCUCCAAAAUAACUGUGACAUUCGGACAAGAAAGCAAAUGAGGAUUGCGGUGGUUCGACAGGGUCUCGGAAAUGAUUUUGCACCAUAGUUUUACUUUAAGAUAUGAAAUUAUUGACUCAGUUUGGAAUAAGUGAGUAUGAUUUCGAUGUUUGUGAUGUAAGGGAUGGAUCAUUUUACCAAAUACAGGAUGUAGGCGAGCAGUGAGAAAAAUCGAUGGACCUAAACCUCAGGGUAUGAAGAGAAACUAAAAAUCUAAUGUAGCACGAAUGUAGUGGGUACCCCUAACCUGACCCCCCGCCCCAAACUGUCCUUUCUUUUUGAUUCACCUCGAAAUCAGAGGUUUUGUUUAAUCCGGUGUCUCAACAUUGAAUUAAAACCCUUUAAUAGAAAAUUUGGCAACUGAAGGAAUCAAAUAUUAAAUAUUUAAACCAGCUUGUAGCACCACAGACGUUGAACACUGAAGCGGACUGUACCCCAGUCUCACCUGUUGAAAAUACAUAAGACACCACCUGUAUUAUUUGUUUAAGCUCUGUUUUUAUACCUGAGAUGAUUUUAAUGGUAUCAUUGUUUUAGGUUUUGAUUUUCCAACAGCUGUUUGUUGUACAAUUGCUGGUCUCCUCUGUGUUUAUGUGCUUAAAAAGCAUUUUUUUAAUCAGGGUGCCUCCGGUCCGCAGUAGCACUUUACCGUCUCUGCUGUUCAGCUCUUCUGCUCAGUCACACAAAGGGCUUCACCCACUGUAGGCCUACUGAUCACACAAACACAGUACAGGAUAUCUGAUUCCAGGUACCAGAAGGCAGGGCAUGAAAGUAACUAAACCAACAUCUCAACAGGGGUUUUGGCCGUCUUAGCCAACACCAAAACUCACAACCCUCUGGUGGUCAGCUAACAUUGGAAUUGUAAUACUAACUGUGUUUUGAGAAGCUUCAGAUACAGAGGUUCAGGUUCCCUAAGACUGCACCAUUUUGCAUCGGAGCGUCCAUUCAUUUCCAAAAACAGGUGUGAUCAGCUCAUUCAACGGUAAAACUAAUCCACCAGAGCUGCACCUUCCUCUCUGAGGCAAAUAUCUAACUGCACCAUUUAACUGAAAACCCUGUUCCUCCUGUAGUUCUGCAUCCUGAGAUGACGGUAGCCUCUCUAAAUUUACAAAAUCUUUUUCAGAGUCUUGAUUUUUAAAAGGCUCUUGCUUGAUUUGGCCCUGUUGUGAUUUGUUACAAAGGAAUAUUAUGUAGGCAACAUUUUUUAAUCUACAUCCAAUCUACAGACUGGAACUCAGAGGCCUUUAGCAGCAGUCUGUGUGAAUUUGUUGUGAAUACCAUAUUAUUAAAGCUAAAAGAAUUAUUUAAAUUAACAUUUUCCCUCUGACAUUUCAAAUGUCAAACCUCAGCCACAUGUAAAGGCUGGUCUGUUAAGGGAGUAAUCCAGCAAUUAAGUAUUGCACUUUGAUAAAGUUCGGGGACUGAUCAGAGACAGAUUUUUUUCUAAAAUUAUCCCUCCCUGCCUGGUAAGUGCCCAGAUUAUUUUUUUUAACUCUGUGCGCAAGAGUUUCUAUUAUUAAUCUGUAAUCUCAAAACCAAUCUGAAAAUAACCCUGAUGACAUCACUAUGAUAUCACCAUUCUCUAGAAAACUCCCCUCAGAGCAACAUUAGACAAUAUAAAUAUAAAUAGACAAUAAACUGACCCUUUAAUUAAACUUUUUUUUUCCCUCUUAAUCAGUAAGGAACUUAUAGUUCCAAAAUCUCCCUGUUGUUGCUUUCCCGCCCUGCCGACAAGGUACUGCUGUAGAUAUCACAAGGAGCACAGAGAGAAACGAAUCGCCUGUGGUUCAAAGCAAACCGAUUGUGCUUCAUCGGGUUGUCAGUCCUAUUUGGUCGUUAGUGCUCAGCUGAGACAACUGUGUGCCAUAAGUGUCGAACACACAAACACCUGCCAGCCUAUGAUGCUGUACAUUUUUACACUAGAGAUUUUAACCUGAUGAUUGUAUCGAAGUCAUUGACUUUGUAGUGUUAGUUUUUACGAAUGAUAGAUGUCAUUAGUAUUUAAAGCAAACAAUUUAAUAGAUUUUGUGCAACAUAGGAACAGUCUGUUCAGCCCUUUCCUAAUCAGAUAGCUGAGACUUGAGAAUGUGUGUAGUUUCAGGAGUUUCAUGACUCUUUCUGUACCGAGUACACGUUCAGUCUAGAGCAGCGUUUGUCACCGUCACUGAGGUAGAAAGACCAGGGAGUCAACAAGCACUACACAGGAUAUGAUGCACUUCCUGGUCAGGCAGUAGUAGAGAACACUAGUCUAACAGUAUUUCAUUAACUUAGCUAGUAAGCUUUAUUGAUCAGCCUUAUAUGUGAUAGGACAGGUUGUAACCUGGUAUUAAAAAGACCAUUUUGCCGUUUUUAACAUGCCGAGCCUCAAAAUGUCAUUUGACUCACUGUUCUCUCUCGAGAUGUUUCAUAGGUUCUGUGACAGUUCUGGAAAACUGGAAAAAUAAGAAAACUUAUAGCCAGGCCUUAAAAUUUGUCUUAAAGACUCAGAAAACCCAAAAGUUGGUUUUCGCUUGACUACAAUAAUUCUUAGUUGCUCCACAGAGUUUAGAAAAAGUGUCAUCAACCGAUGAAGGAUCGUGUCAUAAAGCAUGAAAAUUAAUUCAUGGUUCGGUCCCUUUACAUGUCCUUAUUCUGUCAUUUCACGAUAUAAAUAUUUGCUAUAAAAGCAAUCAUGAUAAUCAGAAAAUUCAGCUAUGUAAAACGUGUUUAGUUUUCAUGUUUUCUGAUUGCGUACUUUAUUUAGCUAAAAACCAUAGAUGCCUUCAUGUUACAAAAAUGCCAUGUAAACCUCAGAGGCUGCAGCGUUUUGCCUCAUCAGCAGCAGAGUAUUUGUUUUGGUUACUUACAGACUUCACCUCUUGCGCCAACAACAGGACAAAGUUUAUACUCGCACGUUAGAAACAUCAGAAUCUAGGGAAAUUGCAAUGAAAGGUCAUGAACAAUUUGUGGCCUUUUCUAUAGCAUCACCCUGACAAUAAACCUUACGGUUUUUUUUACCUGCACUAAUGGUAAAGCUCUAAAAACAGCAAAACUGUUUGGUUUUUUUGUGUUUUUUUACAUGAAACACCCGCAUAUUGUAUUGUGUAGUAUACAUUGCAGCCUAGUGGGGCUUUAAACUUUUACACUGUCUAAAAAGUUGUUCUGUGAUGAUGUAAUCAUAACUUUAACAUUAAGCUGACUCUUAUUUAAACCACCAAACAGAGAUAUUAAAUGUCUCUAAAUAUUUAAUUGUGUGUGCAGUGUAAACUUUUAGUCCACCCAGAAUCACUGGAGCUGGGGAAAUUUUUUUUGGCUUAAACAGUUUGUCUUUAUAGAGAGAAAACACAUUUCCCCAAGUUGGUUAAAUGUGGAUAAUGGAUCAGUUUUUAAAAAUAUGGAAGGAGAGAAAAAAAAAAAAAAAAAGCUCAAACACAAGGAAGUUAGCCA